AUGGUUAAUGUGAAAAACUCAACUUUUUUACAAAAUGCUCGAAUUAAAGACGAAGUAUUCAGUAUCAUGCGUCCUGAUGACAAAAGUGAAGCAGUAAAGAAUGAUACCCUAAUCUGUAUGUACGGCGAAACUCUUCUCUCAAAACAUAAAAGAAAACAAAUAAUUAAUGUUAUUUCGAAUAAAAUGAGAGAGUUGGGCCGUUUACUUAUUACAUUAAAAAAAUCAUAUGAUAUUAAAAAUUUAUUUGAUGCCUUGAAACCAGAACUAUUUAAUUACCUAAUACUUGCUACCAAAGAAAUAAGUGGUUAUAGUGUAGAGAGUAAAAGCUUCAAAUCACCAUCACUAGCGUUGCAUACGGGAUCCAACUUAAAAACGGUUUGUGAUGUAGCAUACAAACUAGUUCUAGAAAAAAAACGUCUUCCUGGUAUAGAAUGGAUCGAUCAGAAAAUUAAAAAAAUCGAAAUUAAAGAUCUAAGAAAGUUAAUUGAGGGUCACUGGUGUAACGAACUGUCUAGUUUAGCUUUGAAAACCCUUAAAGAGAAACACUGGGAAAAGCCUUUGCAAUUGCCACUAGCAAAAUGUAUUUUGGCUAAGACGGUGAUUUUUAACCGUAAAAGAGUAGGGGACGUGCAGUAUUUAACAGUAGAAACCUACGGGAGGAACUACGAUACACUUAAUCAAGAAAGUUUUACAGAGGCACUCACUGAAGUUGAAAAGAUUAUAUAUAAAAAUUAUAGGCGUUUUGUAACUGGAGGUAAAGGCUCAAAACCUGUUCCAAUUUUAUUUUCAUUCCAGACGCAAAAAUACAUUAGCCUUUUACUAAAAGUCAGACAAGAAACCAAUGUUGUACCAGAAACCAAUCCAUAUCUUUUUGCAAAUCCUGAUUCCGAAGAUCGCUGGAUGUCUGGCGCAAACACAAUUAGAAAGAUAGCUAUUAAUUGUGGAGCCAAACAUCCAGAACUAUUGACAUCAACUAGAUUUAGGAAACAAAUUGCCACGACUCUGCAAUUAUUAGCCCUCGAUGAUGACGAAAUGGAACAAAUCGCCACUUUUAUGGGACAUACAAAGAAGACACAUACCGAGUUUAACAGACUACCGCAAGAUAUCUACCAGACUGCUAAAGUAGCCAAGAUUCUUUUACUUAUGGAAAAAGGCAAGGGAAAUCGGUACCGAGGAAAAAAAUGAAGUGAAAUCAAUAUAGAUGAUAACGAAUACUAUAGCUCUGAAUACGAAGGCGAUGAAGAACCGAUUAUGCAGAAGGUGCUAAAGCGGGUUACAAGGGGAAAAAACCUGAAGACGAAUUAGAUACUGGAGAUUCUGACAGAUAUGUGCAUCAGUCAACGGAACGUGAUCAACAUAAUGAAAACACAUUAUAUAGAAAUUAUUUUAAAAAGGCGACUAGGCCGUUUCACGAAUCUAACGAAGAAAAUAGUGAAGAACCACCAACAAAAAAAACUAAAGAAUCAACCACGAAAUCCAUCCAGAGAUUCAGAGCCAAAUGGUCAGAUAAUGAAAAACAAGUUUUACUUCAGUACUUUGAAAAACAUAUUGAAAAAAAAAUUACCCCUCGGAAACAUGAAUGUGACGAACUACUGAAACUACAUCCACACGUGUUCGAAAAUAAGGACUGGGUCCGAAUAAAAACAUAUGUGUAUAAUACAUUCCGUGAAAGGAAGUGAUUGCUUAUUUUUAUUUUUACUGAACCACAUACUCGUAAUAGAUUAUUUUUAGUUCCAAUAAAUUACUUUUAAAUAA